GAAUCGAGAAAUAUUUGGAAUUAUUAUAGGGCAUUUGAGUAGUGAGGCCGUGUCACCAGAGUCGUCUCGUUUUUGCCUAACUCGAAAAACAAACACCCACAAAGCCACUGACAACGUACUCUCGACACCUAUGCUCUAAUUGGAUGAUGGUAAGCUCGAUCUUUUUGCUUGCAUGCAAUGUGAAAACAUAUCUUUAUCUUUCAUAAUCAAUACCCGUUUCUUUUGUGUUUUCUCUCUCUCCCUCUCUUUUUUUUUCUCAUUUCUUUUAUAAAUAUGGCUAAACAUUGAAGUGUACGCAUCAAAUUUUUUUACUUGAUUUAGGUGGAUACAAAGGAAAUGGGGAGAGGAAAGGUUGAAUUGAAAAGAAUUGAGAACCCAACAAACAGGCAAGUCACCUUCUCAAAGAGAAGAAAUGGGCUCCUCAAGAAAUCUUUUGAGCUGUCCAUACUCUGUGAUGCUGAAGUUGCCUUGCUUAUCUUCUCUUCUUCAGGAAAGGUUUACCAGUUUGCCAGUCAUGACAUGGAUAGGACUAUUGCAAAGUAUAGAAGGGAAGUAGGGCUGCCUGAUUCUAGUAAUCCUCAAUUUAGAACCAUGGAGUUUUGGAGGAGCGAGAUUGAAGAGUUAAAGAGAUCCAUAAACACCUUGGAAGCCAGGCAAAAGCACUUAUCUGGAGAAGACAUCUUAGCAUUAGGCAUGAGAGAGUUGAAACAGCUCGAGCGCCAGUUGAAAGUAGGCGUUGAACGUGUCCGCUCAAGAAAGAGACGCAUUGUUUCGGAUCACGCCACCUUGCUGAAGAGACGGCACAAACAAUUGCAAGAGGAGAACAGUCGCCUCCAGAAAAGAUUGAAAGAGUUAGAUGACGGAAAUACCAGCUCAAGAAUUGUGGGUGAAAAUUCUUGCAGCGUGCUCCAGCAAAGGAUCGUCGAAGAAAACCUCUUUAACGAAACAGACCUCCCAAUGUGAUUUGGAUAUAUAAGUAUAUAUAUAUAUAUGCAUCUGCAGCCGCCGCCGCCGCCGCCGCUAUAGG